AUGGUGGAGAAAUCGGGGCUGACCGAGGUGCAACACCCCAAGCCGUAUCGUUUGCAAUGGCUGAAUGAGACCGGCAUCGUCGAGGUUACCACGCAAGUGAAAGUGCCUAUUCGCCUUGGCAGGUAUGAAGAUGAGGUUUUGUGCGAUGUUAUUCCCAUGCAGGCGACCCACAUUUUGUUGGGUAGACCGUGGCAGGUCGAUAGACGAGCUAUUCAUGAUGAAGUCACCAAUAAGUACUCCUUCGCAUAUAAGCAAAAGAAGUUGGCAAUUGUUUCCCUUAGUCCUCAACAAAUUUAUGAGGAUCACGUGCAACUGCAGCAACGACACAAGGAGGUGGAUAAGGUGCAGUCUACGGAGCAGCCGGUCGAGCAAACAGAGAUGAAGGUUGAAGUGGAGAUUGAUAGAGAGGUUGUUGCUCUCCAAGAUGAGGCGACCGAUCCCGAUAGGCCACAAUUGGAGGAGACCGACAAAGCAAUGGCAGUUGUGGUGGACAUCGAUCAAGAGGUUGUUGCUGUUGAAGAAGAGGAGCCCAAUCUUACGUUGCUGCCAUUGCAGGAUUCACGUGAGAAAGUACUUGAGGAAUAUGUUCCAAUUUCUUUGGAAGCAAAGGUUUUGCUGAUCACGUAUGCAAGUGAAUUCUUUUGUGCUGAAGCGCCGAUGCAUGCUACAUGGCUGUUCGGAAGAAAAGUGAAGCAUGGCAGUAUUUUCAACAAUAAAUUUGUCAUGUUCACGUUUCAAGCAAACUCAAAGUUAGAGCCAAAGCAUUUGGAGCUCAAGAAGGUGAAGUUGGCAGCCAUUGAGUUCUCAGAUUAUGCACUUGUUUGGUGGGAUCAGAUGGUGACGAGUAGAAGGAGAAACAAUGAGCCGCCUAUUCAGACUUGGCAAGAGAUGAAGGCUGUGAUGAGGAAGCGUUUUGUGCCGAAUCAUUACUACCGCGAGCUUUUCAACAAGUUGCAGACUUUGAGGCAAGGCAGUCGGAGUGUGGAUGAGUAUUAUAAGGAGAUGGAGGUUGCCAUGAUUCGAGCCAAUGUGGUGGAGGAGCGAGAGGCGACCAUGGCGAGAUUCUUGACUGGUCUGCAUUGGGAUAUUCGUGAUAAGGUGGAGUUGCAGCACUACGUUGAGUUGGAGGACAUGGUUCACAUGGCCAUCAAGAUCGAGAAUCAACUCAAGAGGAGGGGCAACAACAUUUCUAAUGGUUCCUCGUCAAAAGGGAAUCAAUGGAAAAAGGAGGCACCGCCGAGAGAGGAGAAGAAGCCGUUCGUUAGGUCCCGACCCGAGGGAUCCGGUGCAGCAAAUCAGGGCAGUCCGGCCGUUUCUGAUGGUCGAAAUCGAGAUAAGAAGUGCUUCAAGUGCCAAGGCUUCGGGCAUAUUAUGAGUGACUGCCCGAACAGGAGAAUUAUGAUCUUGAGAGAUGACGGCGAAGUCGUGACGGAUGAUGGUACCGAUGAUGAGGAGGAGUGUGAGGAGAUUUUCGCGCCCAAUGGACAGCUUUUUGUAGCUAGGAGAGCUUUGAGUGUCCAAACUCAACCCAAUGAGCGAGAGCAGCGGGAGAACCUCUUUCACACGAGAUGUCUUGUUCAAGACAAGGUAUGUAGUGUGAUCAUUGAUGGCGGGAGUUGCACGAAUGUGGCUAGAAGAGCCAUGGUUGAGAGAUUGGGGCUGACCACGGAGAAGCAUUCCAAGCCAUAUCGUUUGCAGUGGCUGAAUGAGACAGGCGUCAUCAAAGUGACGAAGCAAGUGAAGGUUCCCUUUCGCAUUGGGAAGUAUGAGGAUGAGGUUGUGUGUGAUGUGAUCCCUAUGCAAGCGAGCCACAUCCUGUUGGGGCGACCGUGGCAGUUUGAUCGCCGUGAGUUUGAUGAUGUUUUUCCCGACGAUACACCUGCCGGUUUACCACCAAUUCGAGGGAUUGAGCAUCAGAUUGACUUUGUGCCCGGCGCUACACUGCCGAACCGACCAGCUUACCGAACCAAUCCGGAGGAGACAAAGGAGUUGGAGAGGCAAAUUGGCGAGUUAUUGGCCAAAGGGCAUGUGAGGGAGAGUUUGAGUCCUUGUGCGGUACUCGUUCUACUUGUACCGAAGAAGGACUCGUCUUUGAGGUUUGUUGUUAGUGCGCAGGGUGUACAGGUUGAUGACGAGAAGAUACGAGCUAUCCAAGAGUGGCCAACGCCGACGAACGUUGCAGCAGUUCGAAGCUUUCAUGGACUUGCUAGUUUCUACAGGCGAUUCGUGCCUCAUUUUAGCAGUGUUGCAGCACCAUUGACGGAAGUCAUCAAGAAGAAUGUGGAGUUUAAGUGGGGCAAGGCGCAAGAGGAGGCAUUUCAACAGUUGAAAUACAAAUUGACCCACGCCCCGGUAUUAUCUCUUCCUAAUUUCUCCAAAUCUUUUGAGAUUGAAUGUGAUGCUUCUGGUGUUGGUAUUGGUGCAGUGUUGAUGCAAGAGAGACGACCCAUUGCGUAUUUCAGCGAGAAGCUAAACGGGGUGACAUUGAGUUAUCCCACGUAUGAUAAGGAGCUGUACGCAUUGGUGAGAGCUUUGCAAACGUGGCAGCACUACUUGUGGCCCAAUGAGUUCGUCAUUCACACGGAUCACGAGUCGUUGAAACACUUGAAGGGGCAGCACAAGUUGAACAAGCGGCAUGCAAGGUGGAUGGAGUUCAUUGAGACGUUUCCCUACAUCAUCAAAUACAAGCAAGGUAAAGAGAAUGUGAUGGCUGACGCACUUUCUCGGAGCCAUGAUGACUAUCUUUUUAGGAAGAAUAAGUUAUGUGUUCCUGAUAGUUCUUUACGUGAGUUGUUAUUGCUUGAGUCUCAUGGUGGGGGUUUGAUGGGACAUUUUGGCAUUGCUAAGACUUUAGCUGUUCUGCAUGAGCAUUUCUUUUGGCCUCAUAUGAAACGUGAUGUUGAGAGAAUUUGUGGUCGAUGUGUUACAUGUAAACAAGCUAAGUCUAGGGUGAGUUCCCAUGGAUUGUAUACACCAUUGCCUAUUCCUACAGCACCUUGGAUUGAUAUUUCUAUGGAUUUUGUGUUAGGUUUGCCUAGGACUAAGCGUGGUCGAGAUUCCAUCUUUGUGGUUGUUGAUCGAUUUUCUAAGAUGGCACAUUUUAUUCCAUGUCAUAAAUCUGAUGAUGCAUCUCAUGUAGCUGAUCUAUUCUUUAGAGAGAUUGUUAGAUUGCAUGGCAUGCCUAGGACUAUUGUUUCUGAUAGGGAUUCGAAGUUCUUGAGAUACUUUUGGAAGACUUUGUGGUGUAAGUUGGGUACUAAACUUUUGUUUUCUACUACUUGUCAUCCACAAACUGAUGGUCAAACAGAGGUAGUGAAUAGGACUUUGUCUACUUUGCUUAGAGCUAUUAUCAAGAAAAACAUUAAGUCUUGGGAAGAUUGUUUGCCUCAUGUUGAGUUUGCUUAUAAUCGUUCUGUUCAUUCUGCUACUCAAUUUUCACCAUUUGAGAUUGUGUAUGGAUUUAAUCCUUUGACUCCAUUGGAUUUAUCUCCCUUACCUUGGGUAUGGCUGCACAUGCGCAAGGAAAGGUUUCCAUUGCAGCGGAGAUCCAAGUUACUUCCUAGAGGCGACGGGCCAUUUCAAGUGUUGGAGCGCAUCAAUGACAAUGCCUACAAGUUGCAACUGCACAAGGAAGCGGAUGAGGUGAAGUUUAGGGCGCAGCCGGUCGAGAACAAGGAGAUGCAGGUUGAGGUGGCGAUUGAUAGAGAGGUUGUUCCACAAUUGGAGGAGACCGACGAAGCAAUGGCAGUUGUGGUGGACAUCGAUCGAGAGGUUGUUGUUGUUGAACAAGUAGAGCCCGAUCUUACGUUGCUGAUAUUGAAGGAUUCACGUGAGAAAGUGCGUGAGGAAUCUGUUCCAUAUAUUUUGGCAGAGUUUGAGCCGACGCAUAUGGUUUUUGAUCCCGGCAAGAUGAAUGAUGGACAAGAGAGAGAAGCUAAGGUCCUUACAUUGUUUCUAGCAGCCAAUGAAGAUUUUGUUUUUGAUCCAGAUUCGAGGACGAAUCCACUUGAAGAAGAAGGGAAUGAUGGAGACGCAUCCAAGCUGGCCAAGGACAAGAUGGAUCCUUUGAUUGUUCAAAGUGGGCCAAUCACAAGAGCUAGAGCCAAAAGAAUAAAGGAGUCCAUGAUGCUUUUAGUUGAACUUAUCAAGACACUUGAGCAAGGUCUUGUGGCGUUCAUCCAUACCGAGGUUCUUGGCUGA